CGUGGAACCCAUUUACUUUGUUGACAUUUUGGAAAUAAAUAAUUUUAUGGUUUAUAAAUAGAACCUUUGGCAUGUUUUAGUGCACGAUGUAUCUAUAUUAAUAUAUUUAGCCUUACUUAUCAUGCAGAAUAAGCAAACACGGACUUGACAAUACAUGUUUAUAUGUUUCGUAAUUUUACAGAUGUAGAUCUAGACUAUACAGAUAUAAAACACUGUGGAAACACUAACAGAGUUACAAUUUUGAAUUUACAGGACAAUCACCAGAUCUACAGAGAAAAUUAUAUUCUGAAGAAAAAAACAACCAGUGUGUAACUAUUAAUUGUAUACAGCUGUUUUUAUCAAUAUGACAAUAGGUUGGGAGAUACUGGAAGUUGGUGAACAGGCAUUGGUUUACAAUCAUGGUGGUGAAGCAAGGAUUGAAUGUGGACCUAAAAGGUUGUUUUUAUGGAGGGAAAAAUGCAAUAGAUUGACAAGAUUUUCGGCAGAUCAAAACCAAUAUCUUGUCAUUAUUUAUAAAGAUGGAAAUGUUAAUCAUUUUCAAGGACCCUAUGCAAUGUUCUUAAAUCCAAUAGAGCAUAGCCGUGUGGAAGUUAAUAAUUGUGAAUCAUUAGAUGCUAAUGAAGCAUUAGUGGUUUAUAAACAAACAGAGAAAGAAACUAAUCGUUAUGUUCUUUAUGGUCCUACAUUAUUCAUGCCAGCCGCUAAUGAAUGGCUUCAUCUGUUUGUAUGGCAUGGAACAGAUCCAAAGAGUAAGACCAGAAUGAUUCCUGGUACUCACAGAUUCAACAAACUCAAAAUUAUACCAGACCAAUUCUAUUAUAAUGUAGAUGAAGUAAGAACAUCAGAUGAUGCCUUGAUUAGAAUUAAACUGAUGAUGUUUUAUGAGUUGACUGAUGUUGACUUGAUGCUAAAUUCAACAACAGAUCCUAUGGCUGAUUUUAUCAAUUGUCUUAGUGCUGAUGUUGUAGCUUUUGCUUCAAAAAGAACAUACAUGUCCUUUAUUAACCAAUCUGAUGCCUUGAAUGAAUUGAAUAGCUAUCCACAGUUAUUAGAAAGGUGUAAAGCUAUUGGCUACUCUGUUACUAAGGUUGUAUUCCGUGGAUAUUUUACACAUGACAGAUUACAAACAAUGCAUGAUUGGGCCAUUGAAAGAAGAACGAAUCUAAAAAUAGAGUUUGAGAAAGAGGGACAGCAACAAGAAAUGGUAGAUUUAAACUUAAAGAAUGAGAUGGAAAGAAUGAAGCAAGAACAAAGAAUGGAGUUAGAAGAAUUAAAACAUCAACAAGAAAUGGAGGUAACUCAAAAUGCUCACACUUUAGAGAUGGAAAAACGCAUUCAUGAUGACAAACUACAGAAAUUGAAAAAAGAUUGGGCAGCAGAGUUAUACAAAAAAGAGAUUGAAAACCAGAAGACAUGUGACCAUCUAUGUCAAUUAGCUGUACUAGGUGUAGAUUUGACACAAUAUUUGUUAAAUGAACAGAAUACUCCUGGUAGUAUCACAAAGGUUGUAUCAGCUGAUAAAUCUGUUGUGUUACAUCUUCAUCAGACAUCUUUAUCAGAUACCAUUGAUUCUGGAUCCGGAGACCAUGUUUAUAAACGCUAAGUUGGACACUGAUGCACAGUAAUUAAGAUAUUUUUAUUACUGAUUGUAAUUUUGAAUCAUUGUGUUGUCCAUAUUAUCCAGUAUUUAUUAAGGCAGGUUGAUUUUCCCAAUUUUUUUUAAAAUACGACAUUUGGACUAGUCGAGAUAUUGGUAUUAUAUUCACAAGACAAAAAUAUCACAUCUCUAUUUUGUAACAUAGUAAUAAAUUUCACAAAAAACUGCUUUUUUCACCACUUUUUGUGAAAAAAAUCAUAUUGUAGUAUCUUUUAAAAUCCUGAGUUUUAGCAUCAAAACACAUGUAGAGAGUCAAAGAUCAAGCUCAGAUCACCAUAGGUUUCACUGUAAUGACCUUUAGAAGCAAAAAAGGUCUCAUUUUGGGACAUGGGACUUUAGUCACAAUAUGUCUGUGCCUUGAUUCACAUCCGUAUAGAGUAUGGGAAGUCUCAGACGUCGGCUUCAAAGCGUGUUAAAUACUCUGAGAGUGUGAAGGUAGUUCAGGUACAUCCAGCUUGGUACCAUUCAGCAAUGCUUCCUGAAUUUGUCACAUUCAUGAGUUUGGUUAAAAUUAAUCUUAUACUUGUAGUAUUGUAUCUAAACUAGUCCAAGUUCACAUUUCCAAUAUCAACCCGCCUUAGUAUUUAUCUUACCUAUUAAUACAAUAAUUACAAGGCAUUGUCAUUCUGGACUAGAAAUUUGGUAUGAUGAAGGGUGAAUUUUAGUACAGUUAUCUUAAUUUUUGUCCUAAAAUAGUACAUAACCUGAAUAUAUUUUUACCUCCACUAAAUGUAAUUUUGAAUUAUUAUCUCUCAUGUACUCAUAUAUUUUAUAUAAGAAAUGAACAAAUAGGUGAAUUUCAAAAUUUUCAAAUAACCCUUUUCCAUAAUUUUCAAAUAACCUUUUUUUGGUAAAAUAUUUAUACUUAAACUAAUAUUGAACCAUUUAAAAUUUGUUAUGAUGUUUAUACUUGUUCCAUGCUGGCAUGUUAUAUUGGAAUUCAUUAAUAUAUUCAUUAAUUUAUUUACUUUGCAAACAAGUCAUUAUUUUUCCUAGCUCGCUAGCCUGGAGGUCGGGUGUUCGAUCCCUGCAUUGGCCGAGAAAGUUCAUCCAGAUUUUCCGGCGUGGUUCUCCCUUGUCAGUGAUGCAGGACGGAGGGGCUGACAAGGAAAGCUGUCUAGUCGUUCGGAUGGGACGAAAAACUGAGGUCCCGUGUACACAUUGGCGUGCACGUAAAGGAUCCCUUGGCAGUUGGAAUUCGAUCUGUAAGAGUAGGCCGUAGUGCCGCUGUCUGGGCAAAAUUUCCCUCAUAGCACACUGUAUUGCGUAUGCCCGUCUUCAUUAGCCCAGGUUAGAAGCAGAACAGUAGGACGUUAAACUCCAUUUCAUUUCAUUUCAUUUCAUUUCAUUUCAUUAUUUUGCUGUAAUGCUAAACAAACUUCCAUUAGUUUAAUUGCUUUUGAAAAUUAUCAUUAUCCAUAACUGAUUUACAGUCCUCUUACAAUUACAAUAGAUAUGUAUUGCACCAUAAUGAAAAAUCGCUAUUUUCUCAUUUUAUGUCAAUCAAUGACGCCAAUUAAUUUUUUCCACAUUUUAAGUGCAGAUUAACUAGUGUUGCAUACUUGUAAGGAGAGGGAAACUGCUUUUGAACAGUGGGUUGUUCUAAGAAUGUAUUUACCUAUUAUGUUUGUGAAAGUGAUAAUGCAACUUUAUCUUAGAUGAAUAUUUUCAUAUUUUAUUUUGGGUGAUAAAUAAAAUCUCCUUAUCAUCUUUUUUGAUAUCAAAAAAUAUCAACGCUAGUCGAUAAAGUAAAUAAAACGAGGCUCUGCCGAUUUUUUUUUUUUUUUUUUACUUUAUCGAGGAGUGUUGAUUUUUUUCGAUAUCAAAAAAGAUGAUUAGGAGAUUUUAUUUAUCACCCAAUCCUUUCUUACCUGCACAAAUAAAUAAAUAUAAUUCUUUGCUAUAGAUUUCAAUUUUACUGAAUCUGAUUACAUUACGGGGUAGUGAUACAUAAUUUGUUUGACAGCAAUUCAACCAUUCCAAAUUAUUUAUAUUGACCCAGUGUUUUCAUCAAGGUCAAUUAAAUAAAGAUAGUCCAUUUUUAAUAAAAAA